GUGCCUCUAGUGCUUGCUUGCGAUUUGAGAAGUGAAAACUGAGCUUCUUUAUUAUUCGGUCUUUGAUGGAAGACUGAAAAUUGAAUAUAACAGUAGGACUGAGUGGGACGGAAGUGGAAGAUGUAUUUUGUAGUGUAUGAAGCUGCUGCACUGACCACACAGCAAGAGUACACACUUCGCCAAGGCAAUAGGAACCACCGGGCCGCAUCCCGCAAAUUCCGGUCCGUCGACAAUUCUGCAUCACACUUUCUGACACGAUGCUACACGUGUUAACCUGCAGCGUGGGAUUUGCACUCUUGACACUCGCGUCAGCAAUUCACGGAGCGAGAAUGAGCAAAGGUGACGACCAACCGCGCCAACACUGCCCGCACCAGCCGCAGCGGCAGAGCCUCUACGACUACUACACUGCAGGCGGGAUCCACUCCGGGCUGGAGGCGAACGGCUCUCAAUUCACCCUCAACGGCAAAGAGAUUCGGAUCCUGAGCGGUGCGAUGCACUACUUCCGCGUGCCGCGCGCCUACUGGAAGGAUCGCCUGCUCAAGAUGAAAGCUGCCGGCCUGAACACUGUUGAGACGUACGUCGCGUGGAACGCACACGAGCGUCGCCGCAGUGACUUCGACUUCUCCGACGGGCUCGACGUUGUUGCGUUCGUCGAGACGGCGCGCGACGUCGAUCUGUUCGUCAUCUUCCGGCCCGGCCCCUACAUCUGCAGCGAGUGGGAGUUUGGCGGGCUGCCUGCGUGGCUGCUGCGCGACCCAAACAUGCGCGUGCGCACGACCUACGCGCCGUUCAUGGCCGCCGUCGAUGACUACUUCGCCGCGCUCAUCCCGCUCGUCGCCGGUCUGCAGUUCACUGCCGGCGGCGGUCCGAUCAUCGCUGCGCAGGUGGAGAACGAGUACGGCACGUACGUUCUCGACAAGGCGUACCCCGUCGCCGUGAUGGACUCGUUGGUGAAGCACGGCUUGCGAGAGCUGCUGUUCACUUCUGAUUCGGCUACGGACUUCGAUGCCGGCGGCAGCAUCCCUGGUGUUCUUGUUACAGUCAAUUUCCAAACGGGAGCCGCUCACAGUCUGGAGAAGCUACAGGAAUACCAGCCUGACCGACCUCUCAUGGUUAUGGAAUACUGGGGUGGCUGGUACGAUCACUGGAAGGAACCACACAGCAGCUUCCCUCUGGAGACGUUCAGUGAGAAUCUGCGAGAGAUACUCGAGGCGAACGCGUCCGUCAACUUCUACAUGUACCACGGCGGCACCAACUUUGGCUUCAUGAGUGGCGCCGACAGCUACGAGAGCGAGCCGGUUUACCGGCCGACCGUCACCAGCUACGACUAUGACGCGCCGCUGUCCGAGAACGGCACGCCGACGGCGAAGUAUUAUCGCGCGAUCGAGCUCAUGGAGGAGCUGGUGCCCGGGUUCCAGCACACCGCCGGGCCCUCCCCCGCAGCCACGGCGGCUGUGGAGUCAGCUAAAAGUCAGCGGUCAGUGGGCUCGGCCGAAAGCAGCGGGAAAGACGCCACGGAGGCUGCAGUGGCGAAGAAUUCCGGUUCUCGGAGAGAGGGAUCUGAGCACGACCGAUGGAGCAUGGUAGAGGCUCCUACGGCAGCAGAAGACUUUGAGCGGAGGGGAGAUGAGGAAGAUAAAUCGGACAGGAGCUACGGACGGGUGGACGUGCGCGUGCAGAUGUCGUUCGAAGAGAUACUCGCGCGCGCGCCCUCGGAGCACCACGCUGAACCCAUAUCCAUGGAGCUGCUUGACUGCAACGAAGGCUCGGGGCAGGGCUACGGCUUCAUUCUCUACCGUGUGACGCUCUCGCCCGAUGCCGGGGUCGUGACCCUGCCGGGCAGAGUGAGAGAUCGCGCGCAGAUCUGGCUGGACGGACAUCACAUCGCGAUUAUCGACUGGAGCUCGGUCGACUAUUGGUUCCCCGUCGCCGCCACCGCUGCGAAUCGCACGCUGGACAUACUUGUGGAGAACAUGGGCCGCGUGAACUACCAGUACGGCUACGAUGUUCCCGAUUUUGUCCGACUCGACAGCCAGCGGAAGGGCCUCGUCGACGGCGUGCGAUUCGACAGUGUGCAGGCGACGAGCGACUGGCAGAUAUUCCCGCUAGAGUGGGAUGUGAGCUUCCUCGAGGCUCUGGCGGCGCCACCUGCGCUCGUCGCCCGUGCCCGCCCGGCUUCUAAUUCGUCCGCGGCGACCUUGCCGCGACCCGCGCUGUUUGUGGGGCACCUCGACGCAGGUUCGAGCCCGCGCGACACGUUUCUUCGGCUCGACGGGUGGGGCAAGGGAGUGGUGUUUGUCAACGACUUCAACAUAGGUCGGUACUGGGAGGUGGGCCCGCAAGAGGAGCUGUACGUCCCUGCACCCUUACUGAGAAGCGGCAGCAAUACCAUACGCGUGUUUGAGCUUCAUCAUAGCAACACUCACGUGAUGUUUUCCUAGUUCAUCUGCUAUAUCCGUCUAUGCAAUAGUCAUCGGGGCCUACACACCUUGUAUGGGUGACUUUGUGUUAAUCCCGAAGUAGCAUCUAAUGAUCUAUAUUAUGCAAAUUUGCAAGUGUACUUAUUGAAUGUAAAUUAUGAACUGUAAACUACGGUUGACAAUUCAAGUUUUAAUCAAGCCAUUCAUUUAUCUGCAGAUGUUAGGUCCUGGGAUGUGCCAAUGAAAAUGAAAUCUAUUUGAUAGCUUGUUAGUAUUGUUACCUGGUAUAGGUAGGUGGUAGGUGUAUGUUGUUAUGACAUUGUUGUUGACAGUUGUUAGAACUUAAACCAAUAAUGGCCUAUUGUGACUGAUAGAUGGCGCUAGCAGGUCAUCUCAGGGUAUAUGUAUACAUCCUGUGCUCCCUCUUGCGAUACAACCAGCCCAGUAACUCGUAUAAUCUGUCGAGGUAUAUGUAUAAUUGUAUAUAUAUCAGAAGUAGAUAAUAGGGAAUAUAUAUGUAUAUAUAUAUUAUAUACUUUACACCACGCGCACGAGUAGGGAGAUAACUGAACAGAUAUGAUCUAAACACCAAACUGUCAGUCUGAAAGAGACAAAACAAAAUAUUUAGUAGUUUUGGCCAAUGCACAAUGUUAUCGCUAAUUGUGUUGUCUUUUUUAUAUUGAGAGAGUUUAGAUUUUGUUUAGAUUUUAGAGAUAUUGAGAUUUUAUAUUAUAUAUAAAGAGAGUGGGUGGGAACGGGAGGUGGUUCAUUCCCAGUUUUCUACUUAAAAAAAUGCACCAUUGCCCUGUUCCAAAGUCCACAAUUUUGGCUUUCCUAUGCCGGCUAUGCCCGUGUUGACGUCUAUUCCCGAAUCACGAAUAUCUGGUUUCUUGAUAAUGGUCUAGCAUCCCGAAAAUAACUCCUCGAUCGCCUCCUAAAUAAAUAAUUAUAUACAUAAGACAGGUACAUAAUAAAUAUAUAAUACAUAUAAUGAUAUAAGCCUAUAUUCCUAUAUAAAAUAUUAUUCAUAUAUAUCAUAUAUAUUCAUAGAGUGCGUAAGUUAUGUAACUUUUAUUAAAUUGUACUAAAUAAAUGUUUUAAUUAUAGAACCGUAA